AUGGUUUUAGACAGAAGUCUGCCCCUAGCGGUGUCCCUGGGAGUUGCAGCUGCGGGCGUGGUUGCGAUGGUUGUCAUGGUGACAGGAUUGGUUGUUCGGCGGAGAAAAAAGUACGACCCUGACCUUGGGUGGGACAAACCUGACCCUGAUGCUGAGUACAACAUUCCUUACGAGAACGAGCUCCCGAAGUACGACAUCUUCAUCUCCUACAGCAGCAAGGACUUGGCCUUCGCCAAGGACAUCCUCCUUAAGGAGCUCACCUGCCGAGGGUAUGAGGUGUGCGUGGACUUCAAGGAUUUCACACCGGGAGUGUUUAUUGUGGACAACAUUAAGGAGGGUGUGUUUCGGAGCAGGAAGACCAUCAUUGUCCUGUCCAGUAACUUUCGUAAGAGCGGCUUCGGGCGCUUUGAACUGCAGAUGGCCGGCGCCAGAAAGUACCUGGAGAGAAAGGACGUUCUGAUUGUGGUGAAGAUUGACCAGUGCAAGGUACCGACCAUGCUGAUUGGUCGAACCUUCCUGGACUGGACCAAUGAGAACGUGCGGCCGCACUUCUGGCAGCGCCUGGAGAACGCCAUUGGACCAGAUGAGAAGGUGAGAAACAGGAAGGAUGAUAAGGAUAAUCAAGAGGAGGAUGAUGAUGAUGAUGAGGAGGAGACGAUCACUGCAGCAGACGAUCAUGAGCGCAGGAACAACGCAGUGAAUGGACACGUGGCUAACGGGGGGUCGCACAUCCUGGGACUCCCUGAGACAGACCUGUUGGAAAAUGAAGACAGGCCUCUCCUGGCAGUGGUGUGACUCCCCUGGAGACAUUUUUAUUGCUGAUGAUAGGAUUAUUGUUUUACACAACCAGAAUGUACUCGCUUUUGUUUAUGUUUCCAUGUCUCUCUGACACCUUCCUCAGAGCUUCUAACUGGAGUUCUGCUUCUCACCACUAUAUUUAGCCGAUUGAGAUGGCGCUUUUGCGGCAAGAACACAAUCCCAAACGUGGCUAAAGCACCACAUAGCGGCGAGAAGCAGAACUCUAGUCAGAAGCAGUGAGGAAGGUGUUGGAGAGACAUUGAAACGUAUUACUAAGCGAAGUAAGUACAAAAGGGUUGCGUAAAAUAAUUCUCCCAUAUCCUUCAUCAGACACUGUUUUAGUUUUGAUCAUCCAGUUUAACAUUAUCCUUUUGAAAUCAAAGAAACACCACAUUGACUUUUUAUGGCCACUAUGGCUAGUAUGUGGAACAUCACACCAUUGUUAACUUUGAAGAAGUUAGAUGUUUUGAAAUGAUCACUCAUGUUUAAAAAAAAAAGACUCAACAGACCAAAAUUAACUAUAGCACAGUGAGGGUAGCUUUAACGUGAUGAAAUAUAUGCAAAACAUGUCAAUAACUUAAACAGAAACAUGACUUGGUAAGAAAUUUGAAAACUGUAAAAGAAAAGUUUAGAUGGGUCUGGUGUAAAUAUAUUGUUGUAAAUACAAAUUUGAAAGGAUUUUACUGGCAUCUGCCUGGUGCAAGAAGCACAGAUUUAGAAUUAAAGUAGUUUUUAUAAUAAUCUAUUUUCUUAAUUAUAUCAUCAUGGACGAAAGGAGAAUAUAUUUAUGAGGUGACAGGGUGACCUUUUUUACAUCAUCAAAACUUGGGUAAAUAUAGAAAUAAGUUUCUCACUAUUAUUGCGAUGUGCUUUUUUAUACCUUGUAGAUAUAUGUCAAUCAGCAUGUUUCUGAUUGGCUGAAAGUAUGUGUCAAUCAUGAGACAUCAGCUUUCUGAUUGGCUACAAGUAUGUGUCAAUCAUGAUAUAUCAGCUUUCUGAUUGGCUACAAGUAUGUGUCAAUCAUGAGAUAUCAGCUUUCUGAUUGGCUACAAGUAUGUGUCAAUCAUGAGACAUCAGUUUUCUGACUGGCUACUGUAAAUGAUAUAAAAGGACAUUUCAUGUAAUUUUUGUCCAAUUUUAGGUCUGGUGUGAUGAUAGAGAUUUAGAAACUGGAUGUGUUUAGCUGAAUUAGUAUAAAGGAAUAUCAUUCUUGCAUUAUUUAUAGUAUGGAAAAUUAGUUACAUGUCCCUUGUUUACGUAUUCCUUCCAUAUUUUCUUUGAAUUCUAUGCACUGUUUAGCUUAGACUUUCACUCAGACUCUGUAUUCAUGUUGAUCCUUGCAGCUUCCAGCUCAGGUGAAUUUUUCACUCUGUAAAAACAAUGGAUUUAAUUAUAGUGGUAUUGUAAAUUUACAACAUAUGGUAUCUAGUGUAGACAGUUUUUUCUUCAAAUUCUAUGCACUGUCUUGUUGAUAGAGUAAGUGAGAUGACAUUUACACUUUAUGAUGUUUAUUUCUUAAUGGUAUAGUUUAAGUAAACAUUUUACACAUUUUAUGUAUUUCUUUUUGACAGUAUUAUAAUUGGUAUUUGCCACAUUUUAAUGAAGAUAGUGUGAUUUGUUUCCAUUCCAUUCAAUUUGAUGCUCACUAUCGAAGUAACUUUAUCAGCCCUGGUUAGCACUGCCAAAUAGUUUGAUGUACAUAUUUAUAGUAUUAUAGGUUUUUCCACAUGAACUAUGCACAUGAAAUACACUGCUAAAGCACUCUUAAUAAAGCAUGCGCAAAGGUACCAUUUUAGCAGUACAUGAAGACUAGCAAUAGUAAACAAAUUUCUUUAUGUUAUAUUUACGGUGCUUGAAUACUACUUUUACAUUACCUUUACAUGCAAAUGCAUAAAGAUUCCAUUUGUGUACUCUUACUUUGUUUCUUUACAGAAUACAUGUAUUUGAGGGUACUUAGA